AUGCCAGACUCUACAAAGAAAACCAGUUCAAUCCACAAUAUCGUCAGUGUGGGUGACGGCGAAUAUGACGACGUGGACAAUGUGAUUUCGGCAGUGGUUUCUCCAGGCGGAAGAGAAGUUGUCAUCGACAAAACCGAUGUGGACGAUGCCAUGGAAUAUGUUAUGGACAUUAAAGAAGUGGAAAUCGAUCCCGCCAUCGAAAAAAAGUUGGUACGCAAGGUCGACUUUAUGUUGUUGCCGCUUAUUGCCCUUCUUAUGUCGUGCCAGUUGAUGGACAAGACCACCAAUAGUUAUGCUGCUCUCAUGGGGUUCGAGGCUGAUUUGAAUAUGACUUCCAAGCAGUACUCUUGGGUUGGAAGUACGUUUUAUUUCGGGUAUAUGGUGUUUGAGUACCCUGGUACGAUGAUUCUCCAGCGGUUUCCACUUUCCAAAGCACUAGGAACCGCAGUUGUUCUUUGGGGAGUCGUAUUGAUGCUUCACGCUGCGACACAGAACACCGCUGGUUUUUUGGUUUUGAGGUUUAUUCUCGGUAUGUUUGAAGGAAUGAUGAACCCUGCUUAUAUGAUGUUGGUGUCGCAAUGGUGGAAAAAGGAAGAACAAUUCAUGAGAUCGUGCCUAUAUGUUGGUUUGCAAGGAUUGGGUACACUUAUUGGUGCUGGAACCGCUUACGGAUUGUACACCCAUAGAGGAAUCACUGGCCACUCGUUUGCUUCUUGGAGAUUGUUUUACAUCAUUACUGCUUGUAUCACUAUUCUUUUGGUGAUUUUUGUCGUUGAUCCAUAUUCCUGA